GCAAUGUGAACCGAUCCGUAUGGCAUUUGACAUUCACUUCAGCAGUUUUCGAAAUGUCACAGACGCCGCAUCAUUCAUUCCGAGAAAACAUACAGCGUUGUGAACACGAAGUCAACAAAUUGAAACUCUUACAUUUUAUCUUACAAUUUAAACUGGAAAUUUACAUUGCAAUUUAAUUUAUCUACGAUUUUGCUGGUAUUUCAUUUCGUAUUAUUUUCGAUUUACGUGCGUUUUGUAUCGAUUUGAUCCGGAGUUCACAUUGAAUUCAAGUCGCCAAAGUUAGGACAAUGGCGAAUCGUUUCAAGCCAUCAAUACCAGCGGAGGGAGAGACGAAAGAUGAAAUUACGACGAUCAAAUGUGCGCUAAAGACAAUCAUUCGCCCACAAUACCAGCAAGCAUUGAUGAGCAAAAUAACGGAUCUGAGUUUGCAAGCCACUUCCAUUUGUGUUUUGGGCUCAUUGCUGUUCUUGUUUGAGGUGCAAAAGGCAUUCGAAUAUAGGCGUCGAGAACAAUAAUUUCGCAUUGUUUGGUGGAAGUGGAGAAGAUAAGAUCAAACUCUGCUUUGAACAAGUGCUAUGGCACAACAAUCAGCCACCAAAACCGAAGUCAAGGUAUAAACCAAGCGGAACAAAGCCACGAGGACCACGAGCAGAGCUGCCACGUAUCGAUCCUGAAUUCAAGGCAAUUGUCGAAGGUCUUGACGACUAUCAUCGUAUCGAUUGGCCCAACAACAAAGAUUUCUGUAAUGGCCUUAAGCAUUUGACCAAUCAGUACACAGAUAACGUCGUCACCAAUCUUGAAACGCAUGCUAACAAACACAUCACCCAGUACUUGAAACUGAAGGUUUUCCAAUGGAACUCAGACGUAGGAGAUGAUGCAGAGAAAUUUUUGCCAAGUGACAUCGCAAGUGUUGUGAAUCUGAUCAUCAAACAAAAAGACAUCAAAGUGCCAAGUCGCGAUCCAAACAAACUCGAACGGUGUAGCGUGUUGUAUGACAUGGUGAACGACCUGAAUGUGUUCCCAGAUAUCGAUCUGCAUGACCUUACAACUGACCCAAAACAUUGGUAUAAGGCCAUGCCAAUGUACCUAUCCAUGCAGCGCGAGAUAGAAGAGUACAAUUCGGAGUGGCCACAUCAGCGCCGACCCAAACGCAAGAAGAGAAAGCGAAAAAAGACAAAAGGAAAAUGGAAACGCAAGCGCAGCCAAAUGCUCGACAACCCAGAUUUUCGGCCAUUCAUCCGAAAUUUAGUAGUGGUGCCGAUGUGUGAUUUCCGGCGUACGCACUUCAGAAUCGAUUGUUCAUCCAUGCACCAGGUGUUGUCUUCGCAAAAAUUGCUACCGAAAGUGGAAAUCGAGAAUAAAAAAGGAACAACAAGCACGAUAACGAUUCAACAAAAGGAUUUCAAUCGGGACAGAGAUUAUUGGUGGAAUCAGUAUUUUUACAUGCGAAAAAUUCGACGAUUCGUGCGUGCCAAAAAGCAGUUUGACUAUUCCAUAAACACCGAUGGAAUCUCUGUGUCUCUCCAGUACUCGGCCAAAAAGAAGACAGCCAACAAAGAAAUCGACCAAAAAUCUCGCAUCAUUCAGAAGAUUGAGGAUGGCACAAUCAAAAAUUUUUCGGGCGUUGAUACAGGUGUGCGAAGUUGGAAUACCACAACAACACACGACAUUGAAACUGGCAAAGAAACCAACUUUGUAAUGUCGAGCAAGCAAUUCCACUGGCAAACAGGUCAAAAGGUGCGAAAUGCCAAAGCAAAGCGAUGGACCAAAAAUUUCGUCGAAAUGGAGCGCGCAGACAGAGAAAAUCGUGAUCUGUAUCCAGUGAUGCCGUCGCCAAAAGGGUCAAUGUGGCUGAACUACAUCAAACACCGAGUCAAGAUGAUGAAGCAUGGAAUCUGCGCUUACUCGACUGCCAAAUACACUCGACUCGCCUUGGACAAACACAUCAAGAGCAGUAGUGUUGUCGACGAAUGGGUGAAUAAGGUGACCGAUAAGAAACCGACUCUGUUCUUUUUUGGUGCUGAUGGCGAAAUACCACCUGAUAGCCCAAUAAGUAUCAAGAAGCACGUGCGCUGCCCAGGGGUGCGUAAGACUAUGAGGUCAAUAAAGAAGCGCCGAGAUUGUUUCAUACAAUUCGUGGACGAAUGGGGAACAUCUCAAACCGACGCAAGAUGUAUGAAUCGAUUCCAAAACCAGAACAAAGCGGCCAGAUUCAAGAAAUGCCGAUGCGUACCCGACGCCAGAACAUUGCUGCCAACGAAAAUUGUGUCAAAGUUGGGCAAAACGGAUCUAUCGAUCUACCGACAGUUGCAACGCGCCAUGAACGAAGAAGCAUUGGUAGGAGACGAGCGUUUAUUCCCAAAAGUAAAAUGUUACUACAAAAACUGGCGAUUAAACCUCGAAUGCUCUGUGAUUUGGCAUCGUGACGUCGUGGCUGCUAAGAACAUUCUACUGAAAGGACUAUGGACAUUACUGGGACUUCCGAUACCAGAGGCGAUCAAUAGGUAUUGGCGCGAAGCUGCUGAAGCAGCCGCUGCUGUUGCCGCUGCUGCUGCCGCUAGAGCAACCGCUGAAGCAGCCGCUGCUGCUGCCGCCAUCGUGGAUAAUGAUGUAGAAAUGUUCGAGUACGACCAGCAGCCAGCUGAUCAUGCUGUCUAAUCAGCACAUUGCAAACAAAAAAAAAAACAAAUGUAACAUUAGUUAUUAAAGGCUAUCCCGAUCAUGUGGGAUAGUUGCGUUGAAGCAAGUUGACUCCCCAUCUGGUUGAUGUUAACUGCGCAGGAGUACUCUAGUGGGUCGUUUAGAUUAGCUGAACACCCUAGUGUACAAUCGAUUCUUUGUUCCUCUGAAAAAUAGGGCGGAAACCGUUUUAUUAUUUUAUUCAAAUGAAAGCUUAUCGCUGUUAGAUCCGCACGAAUUUGUGUUUAUACUUGGAGAAGAUUUGAAAAAAAAAACAUCCAUAAAAUGUAUGGAAUAGUUUCAGUGUGUUGAAAACUGUUUCUGUUCCGUUUUCUUGUAAAUGAUGGGGCAUUGUCGAUCUAUUCUGAAUGAUCAUUUUCCUGAGGUGUUCUUUCCAAACAAUUUCAAUAAAAACCCGAAGACAAGCAAAACUAGUAGGAAAAGGAUCAGGAAAAAUGAGUUUAACGCGACUUAGCAUGCAUUACAUGGUUAACCAGAACUGAUCUAUAUCUUUUGCUUGUAAUAACAGAUUUAAAACGUCAUAAUUAAAUACAUUACUUAGAUAAAAUUGAAGGCAUAAGUCAGGAGACCAUAUGGCAAUAGCGAAAUAGUAAUAGCUAAAUAUAAUUUAUAAUUUCGGGAUGGACGAUUUUUGAUCACACUCGUGAAAUUGGCCCGUUCGCUGUUUAUUUUAGUUUGCACACAGGCACAGAAAGUGUGCAUUAUGAGUGUAAUAUUUAAAUAGAAAUCGAAAUGAACCAUAGGCGAAACACUUCUAUAACUAAUUGUCAUUGAUAUCGCUUAUCGGUUGAAAGGAAAAGUCAAUUGCGUUACCGCAAUGCCAGUGCAUUAUACAAUCUAUAAAAAAGUAAGCAUUUAUGGUGAAUAAAAUCUACGCCAAAUAAACAUU